UUCCUCUGAGGAGAAGCCAAAGUCAGCAGAAGUAGGAAGCAGGGAACAGCGAUUUUUGGGAAGAUGGUUUCAAUUAAAUCGCCGACUCUGGUGCCGAUGUCCUGGGCACAGGCACUGCUCGCUGUAGGCUGUCUGGCUGUCGCCCUCUUCGCCUUCCUGCUGGUUCGCCAGCUCGUCAAGCAGAGAAGACCCCCGGGGUUUCCCCCUGGUCCAUCUCCCUUCCCCGUAAUAGGGAACAUUCUAUCUCUGGCCACCGAGCCGCACGUCUUCCUUAAGAGGCAGAGUGAAGUUCAUGGACAGAUAUUCAGCCUCGACCUGGGGGGCAUCUUGACUGUGGUAUUAAAUGGGUAUGACAGUGUUAGGGAGUGCCUUUAUCAUCAGAGUGAAGUGUUUGCUGAUCGCCCAUCCCUGCCUUUAUUCAAGAAAAUGACCAAAAUGGGUGGACUUCUCAAUUGCAAAUAUGGCAAAGGCUGGAUUGAACACCGUAAAUUGGCUUGCAACUCUUUCCGUUACUUUGGCAGCGGUCAGAGACAGUUUGAAAGAAAGAUUUCAGAAGAGUGUAUGUUCUUUGUUGACGCCAUCGACGAGCACAAGGGGAAACCCUUCAACCCCAAACACUUAGUGACCAACGCUGUGUCCAACAUCACCAACCUUAUCAUUUUUGGACAGCGCUUUACUUACGACGACAGUAACUUCCAGCACAUGAUCGAGAUCUUCAGUGAGAACGUGGAGCUAGCAGUGAGUGGCUGGGCCCUCCUUUACAAUGCCUUCCCUUGGAUUGAGUAUGUGCCCUUUGGAAAACACCAGAAGCUGUUCCGCAAUGCUGCUGAGGUGUACGACUUCCUACUGGAGGUUAUAAAGGGUUUUUCACAGGGCAGGGUGCCACACGUACCAAGGCACUAUGUUGAUGCCUAUUUGGAUGAGCUGGAGCAGCAUGCAGGAGACCCCAGUUCAUCAUAUUCCUAUGAGAACCUCAUCUAUUCAGUGGGCGAGCUCAUCAUUGCAGGCACAGAGACCACAACUAACACCCUGCGCUGGGCCAUGCUGUACAUGGCCCUCUACCCCAACAUACAAGAGAGGGUGCAUAGGGAGAUUGACAGCGUGCUGACCAAUGGGAGGGCACCAACUCUGGAGGACAAACAGAAGAUGCCCUACGUGGAGGCUGUUUUGCAUGAGGUCCUGCGCUUCUGCAACAUUGUUCCACUUGGUAUUUUCCGUGCCACCUCCCAGGAUGCAAAAGUCAAUGGGUACACUAUUCCCAAAGGCACCAUGGUGAUCACAAACCUAUACUCAGUUCACUUUGAUGAGAAAUACUGGAACGAUCCAGGUGUUUUCUCGCCACAGCGGUUUCUGGACAGCAAUGGCAACUUUGUGAGACGGGAAGCGUUCGUGCCAUUCUCUCUGGGGAGGCGUUGCUGCCUGGGUGAGCAACUGGCCAGGAUGGAGAUGUUCCUCUUUUUCACCACUUUGCUCCAGAGGUUUCACCUCCAGUUUUCUCCAGGAACUGUUCCCACUGUAGCUCCCAAACUGGGCAUGACCUUACAGCCCAAGCCUUACUCAAUCUGUGCCAAUCGCAGGCACCAGAAAACUCCCUGCUGUGGAGACACUCCUUAUCACAAGUAGGCCAGCAGUUAUUCAUGACCUGUUCAACCACUUAAGUCAGAAUUUUUCUGUUUUGCACAGCAAUGCAACCACAUGAUAACGGUGCUUAAAACUGUAUUAGUCUGGACUAUAGUGUCCAGUGGUGCAUCCCAGCUUUUCCAAAAGACUUUCAACGUGAAAGACUCAAAUACAAUUGACUCUCUUGCUAUCGAAUUUGUUUACUGAGCAAUAUGCACGUUUGCACAAUUCUCUAAAGCAGCAGGGUAGGGGAUAUAAGUUGGUGCUGAAAGGACAUCCUGGAAACACAAGUGUGUUAUUGAUUCACUUCUCUGUAGCUCUGAAUUGUUCUGAGCCCCAGAACAUGAAAUGUCUAUGAACCCUGGUGCUGUAGCAAUGGCUUAGAUACAUGUCAAUGAUUGAUACUAAGUACACCUAUGAUGGUUCAUAGCCCUUCCUUCUCGGGACAGGUACGGGUCAGACAAAUGACACCACUGAUUUGUAUGUAUAGGGCGAACUGAGACUGACAGACUUUCCAGUUCUGUCUACUCUGUUGGAGCUGGCCAUCGGCCAAGAAUUACAUCAUGUGGACUGACUCUGACCCUUUCUGCAGGGAUAGUGCUCUGUGGAAAAUCUUUCUCUUAGAAGGCAAAUGCAACCCUGGUGGAUUUCUAGAAACUGACUAUGCAACACUGGUUUCUGUUAAAUGGUGCUUAUCAGUACUAACAAAGUACUGCAUUUGUGUGUGAAGUUAAUAUUUGUUUGUCCUUUUUUUUUGCAAUAGUGGUGCUAUGUACAUUUUUCUGUGUUUAUAAAGCCUUUGUUAAACUAUUGAAAGCCUUGUUUUCCUUUCUGCAUUUUAC